UUAGUGAGUCACUCAGACAGCGUGUGUGUGUGUGUGUGUGUGUGUGUUAAUGCAGAAUAAAGAUGAGUGUGAACUUUAUAAAGUGUAACUCGGUGUUAAUCACCGGCUCCAGCAGAGGUCUGGGGCUACAGAUAGUUAAACACUUAGUUAGUAUCUGUGAAAGACCGAAGAAGAUCAUAGCCAGUGCCAGGAACCCAUCUUCUGCUCAGGAGCUGCAGCAAAUUGCCAAAUCUCACCCUGAGGUUUACAUCGUGCCUUUAGAUGUGGUUGAUGAUGCGAGUAUUGAGGCGGCGGUUAAGCAGGUGUCGAGCAUUGUGGGUCCUGAGGGAUUAACCUGUCUGAUCAACAACGCCGGUAUCAUGACCACCUCAGACCUGAACACAGAGACACGUGACAGGAUGAUGAACACGUUCCAGACCAACACCGUCUCACCUCUGUUCGUUACCAAGGCGUUCCUGCCAUUACUGCGAGCAGCAGCAUCAGUGUGUGAGGGCGGUGUGAUGAGUGUGAAUCGAGCUGCAGUCAUUAACAUGUCGUCCCUCCUCGGCUCUGUGCAGCUGAACUGUGGUGAAGUGGCUGAGCUUAAAGUUUACGCUUACAGAGUGUCAAAGGCAGGUCUGAACAUGGUGACGCGCUGUUUAGCGAUAGAUCUGCAGGCGGAUGGGAUCCUGUGCACGAUGCUUCAUCCCGGCUGGGUGCAGACUGAUAUGGGAGGAAAACAAGCUCCACUCACUCCUGAGGAAAGCAUCUCGUCUCUGUUAGCUGUCAUUAGCGCACUGAGUGAAAAGGACCAUGGGCAGUUUUUAGACUACGAGGGGAAGAAUCUGCCCUGGUGACCCCCAGGAUCAGGACAUCAGUGACUCGGUCACACAGUUUAACAUUAAACACUUUAAACCAUCAAA